AUGGAUUCUACACAAGAUAGUGAUGAAGAAGAUGGUGGAGAGAAAACACUUCAAUCCCAUGAAACCUACCUAUGUCAGGGCUUGAAACAACUAUAUGAGUCUCAACAACUCUGUGAUGUCACCCUGGGUGUUGAAGGAAGAAGCUUUCCUUGCCACAGGAUGCUGUUAGCAUCAGUCAGCCCUUAUUUCCGAGAUAUCUUCAUCAAUUCCAGCCAUGAGUCUCAAAACGGGGAAAUCCAACUCAAGGACAUGGCUGCCUCCACGCUUCACAGCCUGUUGGACUAUCUCUAUACGGAGGAGCUGUCUCUCACAGCAGAGACUGCUCAGGACCUUUUCACCGCAGCUAGCAAGCUCCAAAUUCUUCCCCUGAAAGAAGCCGCUGGAAGGUUUCUAGAGAUGAACAUCUCCAUGAACAAUUGCCUCAGCCUUUAUGGUCUAGCUCAUCAACACAAUCAUGAAGCUCUGACCCAAGCAACCUCACGCUACAUCAAGCAACACUUUGGGCCCCUGACUGAGCAGGAUGCCUUCCUGAGCCUGCAGCACGAUGCCUUGACCAACCUCAUAUCCUCAGAGAGCCUGGAGGUAUCCUCUGAACUGAUCAUCUACCAAGCUGUGCGCAACUGGGUAGAGGCGGCCGCCUCAACGCGCCUCCCACUGUUUAAGGAGCUCCUUGGACAUGUCCGCUUCCCACUGCUCACCCACGAGGAGCUCACCGAUGUCCAGGCAGAUAUUGCAGAGUACUACAGACACGUGCGUCUGAGGUGGAAAGAGCUGGACGGAGCUGGGAGGCUCCAAGAGAGUGGCGGGCUCAGAAAGGGCAUGUACAAUGACUAUUUUGUGUGUGUGGAGGUCAGUGAGAACAGGAUCCAGGGCGGGAAUGGCCCUGAAUCUUUCCUGCUUUGCUUUGACCCUCAGGCAGAGAAGUGGGAAAAGUUGCCCCCUGUGAAGUACCUGAGCUAUUCUGGAUGUGCCUCCCUGGACUGCAAGCUUUACUUAUCUGGCGGUCAGGAGGACAACUGUGCUUUUGUUGACUCCCUGUAUGAGUACAAUUCCUUGACCAGCCAGUGGACUCAGCUCCCAUCCAUGUCUGCAGCUCGGGCAGUGCAUCCCUUCCUAGCUUGCAACAAAAUACUCUAUGCUCUGGGAGGCUGCAGCGACGCGGGGCCUCUCUCUUCAGCCGAGGCCUUCAGCGUGGCGCACAAUGCGUGGGCCCCCAUCUGUAACCUGCCCCUUGCCUUGAUGUACCCCGCAUCCACUGUGCUCAAAAGCAAGCUCUAUCUCAUGGGGGGGAAGGCCACCAGGAGCUACAGGGGCCUUCUCAUCUAUGACACCAACACUGACUGGUGGACUGAGGUGCCCAUGGAGUUUGCCUGCUAUGGAGCAGCCGCCAUUUCAGUUGGCCCCGGGAUUUAUGUUUUUGGUGGGUACACAGAAGAACGAAGCAACCUUCUGACCCAUGGCACGACAGCCACCGAAGAGGUUCCUUUCUGCACCAAAGGGAGCUUUUACCUCCACGAGAACGGCAGAGUAUGCUGGGACAUGAAUAUCCCAGACCUGCCAGUGGCCCUGGCAUUUGCUUGUGCAGUGCAGUGGCAAGGUAAGAUAUACCUGUUGGCAGGCAAAGAUGAGCAGCAGAGAUAUAGUGCAAUUUACAGCUGGGCUCCGGAGGAUAUGAGCUGGACUCAGUGCCCAGAAGAAAUCCCUGCUACCAACAGUGACACACAAAUAUUCAGCUGCACAGCCCUGAAGAUGCCCCAGAAGCCAAUCCGGACCCUCCUGCUAGAGACAGUCGCAACCUCAGCUGUGGUUGGGGUGGAUGUUGCAAAGAAAGGACACCUAUCCCCAUCUGCUAGAGAUGGCUGCACCCUGAACUGUUGCUGGGGUGGGAGAUAA